UUUAGGUGCCUGAGACCAGGCAAGAUCAUCAGGGGCGUGCAGAAUGUGGAGUUGGCUUCUGAUACUGGUUGCUUGGUAUGUCUGUCUCUUCUCAUUGGCCGCCAUGAAAGAAUGGGGCGACUCUAAUCAAUAUAACAUUAAGGCCUUGAUGAUCCUCUACCCAAACAGCAAACUUCUAGAAUCCCGCCACCUACCACCAAUCGGACAGGGCUGCUCCACCCCCACCCAGAGUUGGAACGAGAACGCGCAACCGGUGGGCUCGCGUGGGAUGCUCCUUGCACACCCUCCCUUCGGGUAUUGUUCCACUCGGAUAUGCUCUGGACGCGUCAGUCCCGAUCAUGGAUGCCUGUUUUUUUGAUAUGCACGAGCUCAGGGGAACGAACUGGCUCCAUCCGCUGCUUAAAUACAGCGUGAAGAUCACUUCCCUCAAUCGAAACAAGCAUUUCCUCCAUCAUCAAAAUGCGUCUCUCCCUUCUCCUGGCGGGCGCCGUUAACCUGGUUGCCACGCAGGCUAUCUCCGCCUCGCGCUGCACUCCCGGUACUUUCACUCCUUAUCUGUCAUCCAACGCCUCCCUGGUCUAUGCCGUUCCGUAUGGCCCCAAUGAUACCUUCGUUGGCCCCUUGGGCAACUACUCCGGCCUUCCCGAGUACUGUGCUGUUUACGUCAACGUGAGCUCGUCCGCGACCUCGUCCUAUGAGUUCGGUCUCUGGCUGCCCAUCAACACCUGGAACAAGCGCUACAUGGCCUACGGAAAUGGCGGUUUCACCGGUAUGAUUGCCUUUGCCGACAUGGCCCCUGGUGUCAACUACGGCUUCGCCUCCGUUUCCACCAACACUGGGCACAAUUCCUCCGUGACCCAAGCCGGCGAUGCGCCCUGGGCUCUCAACGACCCUGAGACCCGUACGGACUGGGGAUGGCGUGCACUCCACGGCUCUGUUGCUCUCGGUAAGGUCCUUACUGAGGGCUUCUAUAGCGAGAAUAUCACCUACUCUUACUACGCUGGCUGCUCGACCGGCGGUCGUCAGGGCCUGAAGUCCGUCCAGAUGUUCCCUGACGACUUUGACGGUGUCCUUGCCGGUGCCUGCGCUUGGUGGACUACUCACCAGCAAAACUGGGACCUCAAGAUCGCCACCAUUAACCUUCCCAAUAACGCCAGCCACCAUAUCACCGAGACCCAGGUGGAUGCCCUUGCUGCUGAAGUCCUCCGCCAAUGCGACGGUAUCGAUGGUGUCGAGGAUAACAUCAUCAUGAAUGGAUACGCCUGUGAUUUCCGCCCUGAGACCCUACUUUGCGAUGGACCCUCUGCCAAUACGUCUACCUGCUUCACUGCCGACCAGAUCGACACUGUCUACAAGAUCUAUGCCCCUUGGGUUGAGACAAACGACACAUUUGUCUUCCCCAGCUUCGCCUACGGUUCCGAAACCCAGUUCGCUCAGAUGAUCAUGACCGACGACGACGAGCAGGACAGCCCUAGCGGUAUUGCCUACCCCCGCGACUUUGUUUACAACGACGCCAACUGGCCCUGGCAGAACUUGGAUUACUCGACCAUCCAGCUGUCGGACCUUCUCGACCCCGGUAACGCCACCGCCGGCGACUUUGAUCUUCGUCCGUUCAAGGAGAGCGGCGGCAAGCUCAUCCAUUACCACGGUUUUGCUGAUGGAGAGAUCCCCACCGGGUCCAGCAUCUACUACUACAAGCAGGUCCUAAAGACCCUUGCACCGCUGGGUAUCAAGGUCGAUGACUUCUACCGCUUCUUCCUGAUCCCGGGUAUGGAGCACUGUCUGGACUCCGUCCACGAUGCCCCCUGGUACAUUGGCGCGGCAAACCAGCCCGGCGGUCUGACCGGCACCAAUAUCUGGGGUGUGCCUGGAUACCGUGACCGGAAGCACGACGCGAUCCUGGCCCUGUUGGCGUGGGUGGAGCAGGGAAUUGCUCCUGAGGAGUUGAUUGCCACCAAGUACGUGAACGAUGCUCCUGCCGAGGGUGUGCAGGCUCAGCGUCGUCUCUGUGUCUAUCCUAAGGAGGCUAAGUAUGUUGGUGGUAACUGGAACGAGACCAGCUCGUUUGAGUGCAAGUGAUCUUUGACAGGUCACCGGCUGUAUAUUGCUCUGUUGGAUACCCCUAGAGGGUGUACAAGGCUUUCUAUUUGUUUCUUGUAUAGCAUAAUACAUAGG